CAGCGCGCGGGCGGGGCGGGGCCAGAGCGCGCGGGAAGCCCCAGCCGUGCUGCGGAGCUGCCCCUCCGCUUCGCGAUGGCUGUCUCGGUACCGGGCUACUCGCCUAGCUUCAAGAGGCCGCCCGAGAUUGUGCGGCUCCGUCGGAAAAGGUCUCGGAGCUACGGUGCCUCAGGGCCGGAGCCCGCGCCCCGCCGCGCUGCGCUGGAGGCCGGGCUGCCCCUGCGUCCCUUCCCGACCGCGGGCGGCAGGGGCGGCGCCGCCGCGACCGUCGCCCGCAGGAACCCUUUUGCCCGCCUGGACAACCGGCCGCGGGUCGCCGACGUGGCCGGCGAGGAGCCGCCCCGCGGUCCGCAGAGAGCGCUGGGCCUGCUCUCAGAUUCUAAUGGAGAAAAUAACUUGAUGUGGGAGGAGGCAUCUCAUGAAAGAACUGUUAUCGCACUAUCCCAGAAGAGUCAACACAUAUCAUUCUCUGAAUCGGACACUUGGUCUUCAGACAGCACUGAGUUACCUGUGGACUGGAGUAUUAAAACUCGGCUCCUUUUCACCUCUUCUCAACCCUUUUCCUGGGCAGAUCAUUUGAAAGCGCAGGAAGAAGCCCAAGGACUUGUGCAGCAUUGUAGGGCAGUAGAGGUUACUUUACCCCAGAAUAUACAGGAGGCCACACUUUGCGCUGAGCUGCGCUGCGCCUUCCAGCAGAGCCUUGUCUACUGGCUUCACCCGGCCUUCCCCUGGCUGCCGAUGUUCCCUCGCAUUGGAGCAGAUAGGAGAGUGGCCGGAAAGACGAGUCCUUGGUCAAACGAUGAAGCCCUGCAACACACUUUAAUGAGUGACUGGGCUGUGAGUCUUACUUCUUUGUAUAACCUGCUGAAGACAAAGCUUUGCCCCUACUUCUACAUCUGCACCUACCAGUUCACUGUCCUGUUCCGUGCAGCAGGGUUAGCGGGCAGCAAUGUGAUCACAGCGCUCAUGUCUCCUACAACUAGAGGCUUAAGAGAAGCUAUGAAAAAUGAAGGUAUUGAAUUUUCUCUGCCUUUACUAGAAGAAAGUGCCCGUAAGAAGAAAGUUCAAGACCCAAACCCUGAGUAUGAGGAGGAGCAAGCAGUCAGUGAUGAAGAUGAAGAAGAAAGUUUUUCCUGGCUGGAAGAGAUAGGUGUUCAAGAUCAAAUUAAAAAGCCAGACAUGCUCUCUAUCAAGCUACGUAAAGAAAAGCAUGAAGUACAGAUGGAUCACCGACCGGAGUCUGUUGUACUGGUCAAAGGACUCAACACCUUCACACUGCUCAAUUUUUUGAUCAACUGCAAGAGUUUAGUUGCUACCUCAGGUGCACAGGCAGGCCUCCCCCCAACGCUCUUAUCCCCGAUAGCCUUCCGAGGUGCCUCAAUGCAAAUGCUUAAGGCACGAAGUAUUAAUGUAAAGACACAAGCUCUUUCUGGAUACAGAGAUCAGUUUAGUUUGGAGAUCACAGGUCCCAUCAUGCCUCACGCUCUGCAUUCUGUGACCAUGCUACUCAGAUCUUCACAGAGAGGGUCGUUCUCUGCUGGACUGUAUGCACAUGAGCCAACUGCUGUGUUCAAUGUCUGCCUGCCACUGGAUAAAGAGCCAGAUGAAGUGAGUAGACUCAGCUGUGGAUUGUGUCCUCUUGCUGAGAAAGAUGUUCUUAAGGACCUUGCUAACUGUGGGCUACACCCUAAAACCCUGGAGCAGCUCAGUCAGAUGCCAUUGCUGGGGAAGUCAUCCUUGCGGAGCGUGGACAUGAGUAACUACGUUUUUAAUUGGAGAUCCUGAACACCAAAGUAAGCCUAAAAGGAAAUCUCUGAGGAAAAAGCUUCCUAGCAAGGAAACUCAAGAUUCUUAGGCCUUUGGCUUUUAAAGAUCAUUUGGAAGAAUAUAUUUUAAAAUACUGAAAUGUCUAAAACCUAUUACACCCACAUCCAAAGGUUUUAAAUCAACACUUUGCUUUUAUUAUUUUCAUACAUUUCCAGAUAUGAAGAUGAAAGCUGUUUCCUUAAACCUCCAAUAAUUUGAGUAAGAAUUCUCUAUCGCUGCAACUUCAUUGUAACUCUAGUACAAAAUUGAAUUAAACAUCAGUGUUUCGUUACAAACAAGAAAUGAGAUCACCUGUAGCAAUUAUUCCAUUGAAACCAGUGGUCUGAAUAACAGCAUGUGUAAUAUAGUCAGGUUAGUAGUAGGUUCUCUGGAGAUUUACUGGGGAAAUGUGCACUACUUCAGAGCUGACUGCUGAUGACUCCGUACUAAUGACUUCUAGGUCCUCUGUUCUCAGUCAGAUGAUGGUGUGGAAUGCUCAGUCAUGGCAACUUAGUAUUCAAUAUGCU